GACAUACGCAAUACGCAAUGCUACACGGCGGCAGCAGUGUCGCAAGGCCAGCAGGCGCCAACCGCGCCGCGAGCACUUUCAACAGCACAGUGCAGCGGUGGUGCAGCAGCACCAGUACCGGCAUGUGGGCACGGGUGGGAGCCACACACAUCGGGACUACGCUUUCCUGCCCCUUGCCAUGUUCCAUCACGAGCACCAGUACCGGCUGCUCGAGUAGUAGUCGUCGCCAGGGGCCUGGUCGCCGCGGCGGCAGCAGGCUGGCCUCCCAGCAGGGGGGCGGCCAGCGCGGCGAGGACCAGGGUGAGCGCGGCAGCGCUGGCGGCUCGCAGCCGCAGCCGGGCUCUGAGGAAGUGCCGCCGCCCGAACCCCGCAUCCCGCUUUACCCGCACGGCCCCUACGACCCGCGCCCCGGACGGCGUCGCACAGAGCUGCAGGGCUCGGACAGAGAUGCCGGCGGCGCAAGCGGCGGGGGCCAGGAAAGGCAGCUGACAGCCAAGCCCGUGCCCGGCCUGGAGCCGCCGCCGCCGCCGCAAGAGCCGCCGCCGCAGGAGCCGCCGCCGGCUGCCGAGGGCGGUGGCAGCGGGGAAGAGGGGGCGCAGCGUGGCAGAAGCGGUGGCAGUACCACUGGCAGUAGCACUGGCAGUGGCAGUAGCAGCGGAGGCGGCAUUGGCGGCAGCAGCCACAGCGGCGGUGACGUGCGCGCCACAGUGCUAGCGCCGCCAGACGCACCGCCGGAGGCCCUCCAGCUGCUGACCCAGCUGGAGGGCGCGGCGCCUGAGAACGUGGACCAGGCGCGGGGCCUGGGGCCCGAGCCGGACGCCGACUUCUCGCCGGCGGCGGCGCCCCGCUCCGACCGGCCGCACCACGGCGAUGGCGGGCUGGGCCCCGUGGCCGCCGAGCGCGAUAGCUGGCUGCCCGCCUCCCAGGCCCAGGCCCAGGAGCUGGAGCUGGAGCUGGAGCUACAGAUGGGGCGGCAGACAGACCUGGAGACGCGAGGAGAGCAGCAGCAGGGGCAGGGCGGGCAGCAGGCGCCAGGCGACGACCGUGGUCGUGGAGGCCGCGGCGGCGGCGGCGGUGGCGAUGGUGCAUCGCAGCGGGACCUGCCGUGGAGCGAGGCCGGAGGUGGCGUCGGCGGCGGCGGUGACACCGGGUUCAGGGGAGGAGGGGGAGGAGGCGGUGGCGGCGCAAACCUGCUGCUGGAGGCUGACGAGGCGGCUGCAGGUCAGGGCCCGGACGUGCGGGACCCGUACGGCGAUCCGUACACGGGGCGUAUGGACGCGGCGCACGUGCCGGGCUGGGCGCCGCCGCUGGGCCACGUGCUGCUGACGACGGCAGCGCCGGCGUGGCAGAUGGGCCGGCAGGACCAGGUGCGGGAGGUGGAGGCGCGCAUCAGCGGAGGCGCCGCCAACACAGGCGCCAGCGCCUCGCAGCCCGGCCAGUCGCCCAGCCGUGGCUACUAUGACGGCCGGUCGGGCGGCGGCAGUAGCGGCAGUAGCGGCAGUGGCGGCAGUAGCAGUGGCAAGUACGGCGGCCACCUGUCCGCCAGCCCCCGGGAGGUGGCGCACAUGGGCUCCGUGGGCGCGGUACGCGCCGCCGAGGCAGCCAUCAGCAUGCCGCACCAGACCCCGCCGCCGGCCGCCAGCCCGCCGCCGCCACCGCCGUCACCUGCCGCGCCCGCUCCCACACGCGGCACCGCCGCCACCAGCCCUGCGCAAACAAGCAGCACCAGCAGCACCGGCACCGGCAUUGGGAAGCAGGAGCCGCCUGGGGAUCAGCAGGCCGCGGCGAGCUACCGCAUGGCCGCCGCCGUCGCGGCCGCCAACGCGGCGGCGGCGGCGUACGGCGCCGCCGUCAAGGUCAGCCACACCGCCGCGGACAAUGCGGCGGCGACGGCGGCGGCGGCGUCAAGCCUGGCGGCGGCGGAGCACAGGGUGGAGGGGGCCGUGGAUGUGGCGGCGAGCGCGGCGGCGGAGGGCUGCCCGGAGGCGGCGGCGGCGGAGGCGGCGGGCAAGGCGGCGGGGGCGGCGGCAGGGACGGCGAAGGCGGCGGGCGGCAAGGCUGUUAGAGCCGGCGAGGCGGCGGCGGGCGUGGUAGCGGAGGCGGUGGGCGCCGUGUCUGGCAAGGCAGCCGGAGUGGUAAAGGACGCGGCGCGUUAUGCACGCAACACCGCGCGCACCACCGGACAGCUGCUGGGGAACGCCGCCAGGCACCUGAGCGAGGGUGUGCGGGGAGGCGGGCUGCAGCGCCAGCAGCAGGAGCAGCAGGAGCAGCAGCAGGAGCAAAGGGAGCAAGGCGUGCAGGCAGGGGCGGAGCAGCAGGGGCCAUUCAAGGAGUAGCAGCAGAAUGCCACCGUUGCACGCCCAGCGGUUCGAUGCAGCGGGCACACGGCCUCAAUUCAUUGUAGCCGGCAGUGGUUGAUGACGAGUGUGGUGGGAACGAGUGGUUGUAGAGCACGUGGGAGGGCUGCAUCAGGGGGCCGGGGGCCCGUGUGGGCGGCCGUAUUGGGCAAGAGUGCAAGACACAGAUCUGGCUGAUGCAUUCCUAGCAAGGGAUUGGUGUUGUGUGGGGCGGAUGGCAGAAAGGAGAUUGGCAUGCGCCGUGUGAGGCUGUUGUAGAGGGCUGUGGCGCAGAGCAUCUAAGAGAGGUCGUGGGCUGCGGGAGUACGAGACAUUUACUGUCGAGACGAACUUGGGAGCUUCCACGUUGUGCGUUUGUGAUGGAACAUGGCAAGGGGCAGGAAAGCGUAGUCCCGAUGUGUGUGGUUCCCACCCGUGCCCACAUAAAUGCGUAGCAAGAAGGGACAAGGCAUUUGUGCGUUGUUCGCGCGCUGUUACUGUACCGACGGUAGCUGGCAGGUUGUGUCGAUGUUUUGCUGACGCGCAUUCCUCACGCUCCGGGCGCCCGGCCAAGGCGAUAGCACCACACAGACUCAAUGCGACGCCUUCCACGUUGUGCGUGUUGCUUGCCAGUCCGACCUGUAAUUAUGCAUUGCU